AUGGCAACAAGUGUAGCGGCCUGGCUCAGAGCCAGCCAAGCAGCAAAUGAUCAGUUGAGAGCAGAGAUCGCUACGCAGACCAGAUCCCUCGAAGUUUACCAGAAAAUGGUCACAGCGAACAGUCAGCUUCAAGCACAAGUCACCAGCCUCACAGCUCAAGUGAACCGAGUCAAUAGCGAAUCAAUGUUCAGCCAGGACGCCUAUCGUGGCAUGCAAGCUCAAUACGAUGACUUGAGGGUGCAACACGUUAACGCGCUUAACGAUAGAGAGGGUCUCUGCGAGCAGCUCCGACAGAGUCAGUCACGUUCUGUACAAGCUGAGAAGAGAUUGACGGUGCUAGAGACAGAGGCGGAUCGACUCAAACGAAAGAUGAGGGAAGCAAGAGAAGGGUUAGAUGAUAUUAUUCUCUGA